UGCCCCAUCAUUGUGUCAGUGGGAGGAAUAGUGCCCCAUCAUUGGUGUCAGUGGAGGAAUAGUGCCCCAUCAUUGAUAUCAGUGGGAGGAAUAGUGCCCCAUCAUUGGUGUCAUGGGGGAAAUAGUGCCCCAUCAUUGGUGUCAGUGGGAGGAAUAGUGCCCCAUCAUUGGUGUCAGUGGGAGGAAUAUGUCCCAUCAUUGGUGUCAGUGGGAGGAAAUAGUGUCCCAUCAUUGUGUCAGUGGGAGGAAUAGUGCCCCAUCAUUGGUGUCAGUGGGAGGAAUAGUGCCCCAUCAUUGAUAUCAGUGGGAGGAAUAGUGCCCCAUCAUUGGUGUCAGUGGGAGGAAUAGUGCCCCAUCAUUGAUAUCAGUGGGGAAUAG